AUUUCAGGAAGAAGUUGGCGCCUGCACUCAGUUAGCUAGCACGCUAACAGAAACCAUGAAAGACGUCCCGUAGUGCGCAUUUUUCCCUUCGUCGUGAAUAAAUAAAUCAGAAAUGAACGACAUGGAAUUCAGCGUUCCCCUGUCCUCACUGGCUCUUCUGGUCCCUCCACUGCGGCUGAUGUCAGCUGUGAUGUGGGAAGUGGUGCGACAACGAAAUAUAAAGCAUUAUGGGAAACUGGAGGAGUUUGUGUCCAUGGUAACAGAAGCAGUUCCAGAACUGAUGAGUAAAAGAGAAGGGAGACUUCUCUCAUUAGGCCUGAGAGCAAGGACAACUCUCGAACUGUUGCGCUCUGAGCACCCUGAAGAUCUGAAGGCUGUUGAAACCCACCUCAACCGAAUUCGAUCCACUUGCAUUGAAGAAACGAAUGAUCCAGUUAUUGAAGCCCCAGAGGCAAACUUUAUGAAGCUUGUGCAAGGCCUCAUUGAAGAUACCAAUGGCAGAGAACACUUUCUCAAGAAUGUGUUUCCUGUGGAGUACGGCCCUGAUUUCGACACGGCACUUGAGACCCUUGUUUGUGAAUUCUUCACACGGCUAGAAGAGCUUCUGCCAAUACCAGAUUUCAAACAGACUGCAUCCUGGAUAAGUGCAGCUCCCACAGUCCUCGAGGAGUACAUGCAGUGUGUGUCAAAUGGAGAAGACCUGAAAUUUCUUCUCCAGAGCAAACAGUGUCAUGGGAAACUGGCAAAGAGCAAUGUUGCUCCUUUCCAGUCAGACGAUCUCCUGAUUCCGUCUCUGUCCCUCCCUCCAUCCCUGGAAGUGGCAAUCGCUUCCCACCCAAGUGCUUGCGAUGAUGAAAAUAACGACGUCCCUCAGAUUGUCAUGUUCGACGAAGAACUGUCCACAAAUCCCUCCACCUCAACUGACUUUCCCGAUUCUCCAAAGAGGCCCGACCUGUCCUCAUCUCCUCGCAGACGGCAGCAGCCGGGAAUCCACAAGUGUCCAGAGUGCGACAAAUGUUUCAAGCACCACUCUGUCCUCAUCGAGCACCAGCGAGUCCACAGCGGGCUGCAGCCGUACAACUGCUCCGAGUGUGGCAGGGCUUUCCGAACAGCCACCCUGCUGGCCUGCCACAGGCUCAGGAAAUGCAAAAACGCCGCAUAUCUGUGCAUUAAAUGUGGGAACAGUUUUCCAACCUCGCUGGACAAGUUCAGACAUCACUGCCCAAAGCACGGGCGCAACCACGACUGUGGGCAGUGUGGGAAAAGUUUCCCGAAGUCCAGCAGUUUGAAGGAACACUUGCUCACUCACGUUCAGAGUCGUCUUUUCAAGUGCAGCCACUGCGGCGUGGGCUUUUCAGGAAUUGGCGAUCUCAAGUAUCACCAGCAAGUAGACCAUGACAAACCUUAUCAGUGUAAGCAGUGUGGAAAGAGUUUUAUCUCCUCAAAGAGUUUGACCAAGCAUCAACAACGGCACGAGGAGGCCGGUGAGAUGGAAACCGCGAAAUUAAUGAGCGGGGGUAAGCACAGGAAAAGUAGCUCAGGUCAUCGGACUUCAACGUCUCUGUCGUCCAGGAAGUCCUCUGUCAAGUCGGUCUACUCGCGAGGAAGAGUCACUCACAACUGCCCGCUGUGUGGAAGGAGCUUCAAGUAUAGGUUUGAGUUUCUGGAGCAUCAGAGGUUCCACACGGCGGUGAAGCCUUACAAAUGCUCUCAGUGUGGAAAGGCCUUCCGCACAGAGGCUCACCUCUCCGGACACAGGAAGAGAAAGUGCAAAAAUGCUGCCCACAUUUGCACAAAGUGUGGGUGUCAGUUCAGGUCGCUGCAUGAGCGCGUCAGACAUCAGUGUGUCCAGCUGCUGACUAAAUACGAGUGUUCUCACUGUGGAAAGACAUUCAAGAUGGCGCAUCUGCUGAGGAACCAUCAGAUGAGCGAACAUCAGCUACCCUACAGCCCCAACCACCGCUUCAGGUGCAGAUACUGCGACGAGACUUUUCCCGGAAUCAGCGAGUUGAAGUACCACCAGAGAGUAGACCACGAAAAGCCUUAUCAGUGUCAGGAAUGCGGCAAGUGUUUCCUCUCCGAGAAAUGCCUGGCCAACCACGAGCUGCGGCACAACGACGACCGGCCGGAGAGUUGCCUGGUCUGCGGCCGCCGCUUCAGGAACCGCUACGACCUGAAGCAGCACAUGCGCACGCACACGGGGGAGCGGCCGUACCAGUGCACUCACUGCUCGCAGUGCUUCUCCACAGCGGGAGGACUGAGGAGCCACACCAGGGUUCACACGGGCGAGAAGCCGCACGUCUGCCCGGACUGCGGGAAGGCCUUCUCGCAGAUGGGCGCGAUGCGCACCCACAGGCUCACCCACACGGGAGAGAGGCCGUUCAAGUGCACGGUGUGCGGCAAGGGCUUCACCAUGGCCCACAAGGUGACGGUCCACAUGCGCGUGCACACGGGAGAGCGGCCGUACGUGUGCUCGCAGUGCGGGAAGGCGUUCACCGGCGGCAGCGUGCUGAAGCAGCACAUGCUGAACCACUCAGGGGUGCGACCGUACCACUGCCAGAUCUGUCCCAAGACCUACACCUGCCUGACCCACCUGAGGAGGCACCUGAAGAGCCACUCCAACAUGAACUGAGUCGGAUAUGAAGGCAAACCGCAGCAUAAGCUAACAAGUCCACACGUUCUGAAGCACUGCGUUUGGCAUCGAGGGUACGAAAAUCAAACCAACUACACUGACUUUGGGGAUGCUGUUGCAGUUACUCUUAAGAGAAUUAACUUCUUCAUUGUUAAGUAAAGCGUAAACAGCAGGAAUUUGAUAACUGUGGCAAGAUCAUUCUCCAUUCACCAACAGGCUUUGUCUCCAGUUUUCUUUCCUAGUUUUACUCUGUUUUCAUUUUCUUAUGCAUGAACACUUUUCAGAAUUUGUUUUUUUGGACCCUUCCACAAGUGACAGGAAUCAUUUUCUCAACUACCUUUACAGUCCCUCAAAGUUUUGCAUCAUCUUACGUCCUGCAUUUCCUUGUAUCCACAGCGGAGCUGCAUAAUGAUGUAGUGGAGAGCUGCUGGCUGAGUCACAACUAUGAGUCACAUUUGGUCUUUUGUGAGGAGUGAAAUCUUUAAAAAAUGAAUAAAUAAAUGGUUAUGAGACAUGGGUCAAAUCAGCUUAUAAGACUUCAUCCAUGAAGAAGUUAUUUUUAUUGUCACUUUUUUGACAUUGUCCAUUUUUCAAUGGAUCCAAGUAGUUGGAUCAUUGAAAUGAACAAUCGUGCAACUUGGUCAGUAACGGAUCUGAGUGCCUUCAACUGCUUAAUUAAACCUCUGGGAAAAAAAAUAAGGAAUUAUGAGCUGAAAAUUGUUUAUUGCACAAUAUUAUAGUCCACAAAUCUCAUUGAUGCCAAACAUUGUGGGUUCACAUGGCUCAAAGCCGUAGUAGCACUUGUAAACAUUAUUACUGGUUCACAAACUGUUCAUUUUUUGGUCGAUACGCAUCAGUUGAAAACUUAAAUGUCUUUGCUGUUAUUAAAUAGUUACCAAGUUCAACCAGCCGAGCAGCUACUCUUCACAGCCGCUUAAUAUACACAGUCAUGAAGUCUGCCGUCUAGCUUUGAAAUGAGAGAUAAGACAUUAAUGUUAAAGCAUGAAGUUUCCAGAUUGAGUCCAGUUAACCAAAUUCUCCCUAUGAAUCUGUUGUGAAAGUUGUUGAGAGAAGUGUUGCUCUGUGGCUCAGAAACCGGUACGUGGUGAAUUUAUCUGUCAAAAAGCCUGGGAAGUAGCACAAGUGUGAGUUUUGUCUUUGUAAAUAUGGCGGAUGAAAAACCUUAAGGGUACAAAGUUAAAAACUGCCGUUUCUUUGACAAGAAAUACUCUACAAUGCUCUGUGCCCUUGAGCUUUUUUUUUUUUAAAUCCCCACGGUG